AUGGAGAGCGCAGCACCUAAGCGGCCGCCCCUUCGGGCUGCCUGCGCCCGCAACGACGCCGCGCGCGCCCCAUGGGCCGCCCAGGGCUGCGGGCCUGCGGGGGGCAGUGGCAGUGGCGGCGGCGGCUCCUCGGGGCCCAGCGCCCGGCUUCGCGCUGCGUGCCAGCAGCUCCGGCCUCCAGGACCGCCUGCUCGCCCGGCCCGGCUGCAGCUCCCGGUCCCGGGCCGGUUUCUAAGGCUCCGGACGGCGCCCGCAAUGUCUGUCUUAAAGCGACAGCGCGCACCGCCAGGUUCCAGCAGUCCCCGCGCCAGGGGUGGUGGGUGGGGUGGGCCGUGGGAGGGGGCGGGCGGGCGGGAGCGCGGAAUCCAGCCCCGAGCCGCCCGCGCCGCCGCGCCCGCUCCGCCGCCUCCCGCCCUCCCGCCCUCCUUCCCUCUGCGCCGCGCCCGCCCCUCCGCAGCCACCUUCCCGCCGCCUCCCCGCCCCCCGCUCCCCACCCCCUGGGCCUCGCCGCGCCUCUCCCCGACUUCCUUCCCUGGUGACACACCGCGCUCUCCCUCGGCCGCACAAAAGAAACGCAUCUGGCCUGGAAGCCCCGCGUGGCCCGUGCCCACCUCUGCCCCGGACGCCUACAAGGCCGCCUCUGCCCUGGCGGACGAGCCCCACUCGGGACGCGGGGACCGAUCGCCUCUGAGUCCCAAGCCAGGGCGAGGGCAGAGCCCGAGGCCGGCCCCGGUAGCUCCCAGCGGCGUCCUCGUCGGGGGGCCAGUGGCCCCACCUUCCCCGGCCUCUCCUCCCCGGACCUGCGCCCGCCUGAGCCCCCGUCGAGUGCAGCCCGAGACCCCCAAGAGCCAGUCAGGCCCCGUGGCCUUCGGAGGGCACCUUCCCCCUUUUCUGCCUCUGCAGCAGGUUGGCCAGACAGUUCUGGAUCAGGCUUAG